AUGUCUGCUGAUGAGUUAUUCACAUCUCAAACACGGCAGUACCGACUGUGUAAUUUAGAACUCUCAGAUGACGGUUCUUCUUCCGUAGUUAGUGAAUCAGAACCUGAAAAACGGCAAACCUUUUUCGUUAUGAUGGAAUGUAAAGAAUUGGCUGUUAUUUGGAAUUUGCUAUUAUCUAAAGAAUUGACAACAUUAAUAGUAUUAAUUGGUAUCCGAAGAAUAAGCAAUAAACUGCGGAAAAGGUCAUCAAAAACACCAACAAAAAACAAUAGUAUGUUGUGUGUUGGUAGUAAUGGAGCACAACAGCGAUCACAUAAUUCACCUUUACCAACUUAUCCAGUAAGCAUACGGCAGCAGCUGGCUAUAAUAAAACAGGUUUAA